AAUAAUCAGUAGGUUGUUUAUUCUAAUUCUAAUAGAAGGUUCUCUACCUUCCUUCCAAGUUAUCUUCCAGGCCGGCCACCAUUCAGCUUAACGCCGCCGCAACAACCACCUCAUUUCCGCCACUCCUAGACCAUGAGUAAAGGACCUUCUCUCUUCUCAGACAUCGGCAAAAAAGCCAGAGAAAUUCUGUACAAAGAUUACAGCUAUGACAGGAAAUUCAGUGUCACAACUCAAACUCAAGAUGGACUUGCCCUUACUUCAAGUGCCCUGCAAAAGGAAAGUCAUUCAGUUGGUGAUGUGGCUGCACAAUUCAAAUACAAGAAUGCAGUUCUUGAUGUCAAAAUUGAUACACAGUCCAGUAUAGCUACAACCCUUACUUUGACUGAUCUUAUGCCAUAUCUUAAGUCAAUUGCUUCAGUUAAGCUUCCUGACUACAACUCUGCAAAGCUUGAGCUUCAGUACUUCCAUGAACAUGCAGCACUUAGUUCAUCUGUUUCCUUGAACAAGUCCCCUAUUUUCAAUGUUUCAGCCACCUGUGGUACUCCAAGCACUGUAAUUGGUGUGGAGGCAGGUUAUGAUACUUCUAUUUCCGAUUUUACGAAGUACAAUGUUGGCAUUAGCAUGACAAAACCAGAUUCCUGUACAUCUGUUAUCUUAGCCGAAAAGGGUGACCUAGUCAGAGCGUCGUAUGCACAGUACCUUGAUCAAGGGAGAACCACUUCAGUAGUGGAGUUUACAAACAGAUUUUCUGAAGAUGGAAAUACUUUAACUGUUGGAGGAUCAUAUGCUGUUGAUGAUUUAACCGUAAUCAAGCUGAAGCAUAAUAACCAGGGGAAUUUCGGAGCACUUGUGCAACACGAGUUUAAACCCAAGUCAGUACUGACAGUGGCAGCUGAGUUUGAUUACGAUUCUAUUGACACACAUCCAAAACUCGGCAUAUCACUUGCACUAAAACCAUGACUUGAGUAGCAUCUGAUAAUCAGCUGGUUCUGUUUGAUGUACAUGUAUGCAUCUUCUGUACUUUGUGAUUUGCAACAUAAUCUUCCUAAAAGCGCGCUCAUUUUGUAUUGCUUGAACAACUCGGUCUCUUGUUUCAAAUCACAUGUUGAAUAUAUGUGUUAUUAUCUUUCA